AUGAGCGCAAGAACCCGACGACAAAAGGCUGCUCUCGCUGCCGAGGAGAGUGAAGAUUCACCUAGCGGCAAUGGCUCUGUGUCAACACCUUCAAAGCGCACCCCCUCCAAAAAGAGAGCUAGGUCCGCUGCCCGGGAAGAGAGCAAGGAGAACAUCUUCCUGUUCACCCCGAACCUUAUCGGGUACUCCCGAGUCGUGCUGACCUUCGCUUCCCUAUACUACAUGCCCCUCCAUCCCCGUACCUGCUCCUUCCUCUACACAGUAUCCUGUUUGCUGGAUGCGCUGGACGGGUAUGCAGCUCGAUAUUUCAACCAAUCUACCACCUUCGGCGCAGUGCUGGACAUGGUGACGGAUCGUUGUACAACCGCGUGUCUUCUCGUCUUCCUGAGCUCCGCCUGGCCCCGGUGGGCGAUUGUCUUCCAAGCUUUGAUCUGCCUGGAUAUGGCCAGUCACUAUAUGCAUAUGUACGCCACUCUGAGCAUGGGCGGAUCCAGCCAGAGCCACAAGAAGGUCGACCCGAGCCGUAGCUGGAUCAUGUACCAGUACUACACCAGCAAGGUCGUUCUCUUCAUCUGCUGCGCCCUCAACGAGGCCUUCUUCAUUGGCCUGUACCUUCUGUCGUUCAGCUCGCCAACGCUGUCCCCUUCACUCCUGCAGCCCGUCUCCGAUUCCCAGCUCUCCUCCGCCCAGCCCGGAAACCCCGCGCACCCCGAGCCAGCCAGCCUCUUCGCUAGCCCCUGGAGCGCCGGUGCCCUCGAGAUGGCCCGCGCCAACAAGCUCGAGAGCACCUGGCCGUGGAUCAUCACGGGCAUCUCCUUCCCCGUCAUGGCAUUCAAACAAUUUGUCAACAUCGUGCAAAUGGUGAACGCCAGCAAGUGGCUCGCGGAGGGAGAUCGCGCGGCGCGCCGCGCUAACCGCAAGAAGUAA